GGCUUACAUGUAGAUAGAUGAAAUGAAUGGGAGGUACAAUUUUAAUUAUAUAUUACUAAUUAGACACGUGCAAACAUUAUGAUGGCUAAUAUAGUGUACCUAUACAUUUAAAGAUCACUAGAUUAAUGAAAAACCCAUAUCUUCCCUGUAGAUUCAAAUCAUACGCGUGUCAAAUAAUAAUUAUUGGCAUUUGGAUAUAUUUCACGUGCGUCGCUUGAGUGCUAUAAAAGCCCCGGGUAAGCGAGAUUCAAAAUCAAAAUACUAAAAAAGUGAAACAUGGGGUGCGAAACUUCAGUAUUAUGCACGUUGCUGAUUUUCUUCCAAAUUAUUGGUCGGUCAUUUGAAAUGAGCCACGAUUUUGUGCCCAUUAGAGAUGAUUUAUUCAGUAAGUGCGAGGAGAAGCCAGAAAUGGGCUAUUUGGAUGCAUUCGCGGAUUUAUCCAACUUGAGUAGCAAACGAGGUGCUGGUGGAAUUAAUAUAUCAGGAAACGCAACAACCAUAUGGGAUGUGGAUCCAUCGGAUGUCGUCGAGGUUGAUGUUAGCAUACUGAAGUUCGAAGGAGAUAAGUGGAUACCAACAAUAAUUAAAGGGAAUGUUAAGGAUUUUUGCAAGACCUUUUUCGACAAGAACACCAUUUAUUACUCCUAUUCACCAAAACAUGUGGUUAACAAGAAGGAAGUGAAGGAAAAAUGCAUUACCAGUCCAGGAACAAUAUUAGUGUGGAAGCCCUAUCUCCUGAAAAUAUCAUUCAGCUACGCAGUUCCUCUGAAUGUGGGGCGCCACAAGGCCGUUAUAAUAUAUUCUGCCAUUGACAAAGCCGGAGUUAAGCGUGAUAGGGACAUUUGCAUGGAAAUUGUCGGCGACAUUGUAAAUGCCUAAUCGCAGUCACAUGGCCCUAUUUCGUUGGAAGUUCAGAGCAAAUUCGUUUAAGCCUUAUAAUGAUUAUGAUUUUAUUGUUUCUCAACAAAGGUUUUGGUGGAGGGUUAGUU